CUUAGUCGCUGUUGUUGAACUGUACAAAUAAGUUGAAACUGAGUGAAGAGGGACUACAUCACUCAGACAAAAGUCUCUAAGUUAGCAGCUUUGGCUGCUUAAUUAUCUAAGCAGUCAACUCUACUUCCAUUUCAAUCUCCGUCUUCUAUAUAAACCCACUUAUUCUCUUCUCAAGAUUCAGUUUUUUCCCCUAUUUUGUCUUCUUAACCUUCUGUAAAUUUUAUCUCCUUUCCCGUAUUUGUACUUUCUUAUUGCACUGUCCAAUGGAUUCGUAUCAAGCAACGACCAAGUGAUGGAUUUUUGGGUUACAUAGUGUUCAAAAUGCUUUCUUUAAGGGAUUUUUGGAGAAGGCAUAGGAGGAAGUUUUUUGUUGCAACAGGUGUUUUAGGAUGUGGGUAUAUUCUGUAUAAGCUAUAUGAUUCUCAGCGUAGGCUUGCUGAGCUGGAGAGACAACAGCGUGAGCAUGAUGAAGUCAUUAAGGCCCAAAUGGAAGCCCACUUUGAAAAGGUUCAAAGAAUAGCUGAUGCGACAACAUUACCCCAUGCAAUUCACUAUUUAAGCAAUCGGCUAGAGGAAGAGCUGGCCCUUUCUCAGCUUACUGAUAAGUUAAUGAGAGGAAAGGAGCAGCCCAGUUCCUUGUCACCUUCAGAGAAACUUGAGCUAUGGGACAGACUGAAAAUUUUAAGUUUCACAAAAAUGAUGGUGUCACUAUGGUCAGUGACAAUGUUGAGCUUAUAUAUUAGAGUUCAGGUUGAUAUUCUUGGGAGACAUUUAUAUAUUGAUACUGCUCGUGGCCUUGGAAGCUCUCAAUUACCUGAUGAUUAUGAUUUCAUCGACAGGGAUGACCAACAAAAUUUUCUAGCAAGUGCCGAUUUUCUUGCUAAUUUUGGUUUGCAGGCAUUGAUUUCUAAUAUUCAGGCAGCAGCAACCAAAGUUAUGAAAGGAAAGCAGUUGAAAGAUUUCUUUGAUACUGGAGUGCUUCAUGAAACUUUGAUGCAAAUACUUGAGAUGUUCAUGAGCAUGGGAAGUCCUCACCAGUGGGUGGAUUUCUUGAUGCCUGCAGAUGCCAGGUUCUACAAACUAGCUGCAGCCUCCUGCCAUGAAAACCCAAAUCUUCCUGAUGUUACCAAAUUUGAUCAGCUUAUGAAUGAGACUCGAGCAGUCUUAUUGAGUGCUGAAUAUUCUAGUGUUGUUGAUAUAUCAUUCAAAGCAGCGGUUAAUGCCCUGGUGGAUGAAAUGACCAUUCAGUCUGGAGGCAGUCUUAUGACAGGGAUGCCAUUGGCCAAACUCAUACCUCGAGUCAUACAAAUGAGAUCAUCACUGCUGGAUGAACCAAGCAAAAACAGGUUUAUCCAAGUCAUCAGAAGCAUACCAGAAGUUCAACUCUUCUUCACACUGCUGUAUGCAAACAUGUCAACCUAAUUGAUUAGUGAGCUUGCACUAUUUUUGUGGACAUUUUGCUUUCCAUACAAGGGAGACAUGAUCCCAAGAUUUCAAUGGGGAAGGAAUAAAAAAAGAAGGAAGAUUUCUACAUUAAUUAGUAAUUCUUUUCUCAUGACAGUAUUUUGAUUAUUACUUUGUAGUGUUAAAUCGACCCAUUAUACGCUGUGGAAAUAAUGAUUAUAUAGAUUUUUAUGUUGA